AUGCGGUCAUCCGUCUUGCUGCUGAGUCUGUUCGCAGGCGCCAUCGGGGCCUCCCCGCUAGAGCAGCAGGUGUUGGGCGAUUCCUCUGCUGAAGAAAUACACGCGGCGCAGUUGCCGACGGGCGCAUCGUCGGCUUCCCCCUUACAUGGCCGAUUUUUACAUGUUACUGAUUUCCAUCCCGACCGAUACUACAAAUACCGCAGCGUGAGCAGUGACGAUAGCUGCCACCAUGGCAAGGGCGACGCGGGAUACUUUGGAGCCGGAGGCACCGAGUGCGACUCGCCGCUGUCGCUGAUCAACGAGACAUUCAACUGGAUCGAGCACAACCUUAAGGAUGAUAUUGAUUUCGUUAUCUGGACGGGAGACUCGGCGCGCCAUGAUAAUGACGAGCGCAUGCCGCGAACCGACGACGAGAUCUUGGAUCUAAACAACUUCAUGGCUGAGAAAUGGGUGGAGAUGUUCGGUGUCCGGAAGAACGAUAUUGGUGCCAGCGGCGUACCACCCGUCUCUGUCCCCGUUGUGCCCACCUUUGGCAACAACGACAUCGCGCCGCACAACAUUUUCCUGGAUGGUCCGAAUGUAUGGACUAGACGGUAUGCAGACCUGUGGCGCCACUUUAUUCCCGAGGAUCAGCGCCAUAGCUUCGUUGAGGGUGGAUGGUUCACUUCCGAAGUCAUUCCUGGCAAGCUGUCUGUGAUCAGUUUGAACACCAUGUACUUCUUCGACUCGAACAGUGCGGUGGAUGGAUGCGCGGACAAGUCAGAGCCUGGGUAUGAACAUAUGGAGUGGCUGCGCGUGCAGUUGGAGAUUCUACGUUCUCGCCACAUGAAGGCUAUUUUGAUCGGCCAUGUCCCACCCGCCCACACAAAGGAGAAGACCAGCUGGGACGAGACCUGCUGGCAGAAGUAUACCCUAUGGGUGAAUCGUUAUCGUGACGUCGUCGUUGGAUCCGCAUAUGGACAUAUGAAUGUGGAUCACUUCAUGAUGCAGGAUAGCCAUGACGUGGACUUUGAUUUCCUGACUGAUAAGACUACCAAGAAACGGGUAGGCAUUCAGUCUAAGACCGACUAUAUCAGUUCACUACGGGCCGAGUGGGCAGACUUCCCAUCGCCUCCCGAUGGAUUCUUUGAUGAUCUCGACUCAGCAACUGUCGAUACGCAAGAGAGUGAGAAUGUCGAUGCCCAAAAGAAGGGCAAACACGGCAAGAAGCACAAGAAGAAGAAGGAGGAGGAAAAGAAGCGCCAGAAGUUUCUGAAGAAAAUCGAAGGCCCCUGGGCUGAGCGAUACAGUGCAUCCUUGGUUUCGCCUAGUGUGGUGCCAAAUUACUUCCCUACGAUUCGUGUGGUCGAAUACAACAUCACCGGGCUAGCCAAGGCGUUUGACGACAAUUCUAUGGACUCUGCCGCCCUGCCCGAAUCCGAUGCUAGCCAAGAUGACGCCGAGAUCCUGAAGAAGAAGAAGAAGGACAAGAAGAAGAAGAAGAAGAAGCCCGACUUCAAGGUGCCCGAUGAACCUUCUUCUACUAGCCCACCAGGCCCUGCCUACUCCAACCAAGCUCUGACUUGGCUGAGCUACACCCAAUACUUUGCCAACAUUACCCAAAUUAAUGCGGAUUAUGCCGCUGGCAAAACCGACACUCACAUCGACUUUGAAGUCGAGUACAGUACUGGAGAUGAUGUAUAUCAGAUGAAGGAUUUGACGGUGCGGAGCUUCUUCCAGCUGGCUGUGCGCAUCGCAGAGCAAGGCGAGGCGGCGGCGUCGGCCACGGAUGGGGUGACGAUUACCAAAAAAGUGAAUAAAGCGUGGCAGGCUUUCCUCUCGCGUGCAUUUACCGGGUAUCUUGACGUGAAUGAAUUGAAUGACAAGGUGGAACUGGCAUGA